GGGAGGUGGUGGCGCUUGGUGGCUACUGGCGGCGGAGGUAGAGUCUGAGGCGCCGGAGUUGUGCAGGGCCAGCGGCAGUUUUCAGAUUUUGGAGCCUAAGGAAUAUUUUCCCGGGGAGACUGCCAGCACAGCCACCUUAUCAACCAAGAUCCUGAUACAUAGCCACAGACUGGAGUUCUGGUGGCCACAGUCCUCAAAUCCCUUCUUAAGACAGAUGAGGAAACUGACACUUGGUGAAGUUACGAAAGUUGUCCAAAGUCACACAGCUUGUAAAAGGCACAGCCAAGAUUCAGAGCCAGGUUGUAAAAGUUAACAUGAACAAACUACGGCAAAGUUUCAGGAGAAAGAAAGAUGUUUAUGUCCCAGAAGCCAGCCGUCCACAUCAGUGGCAGACAGAUGAAGAAGGAGUCCGCACUGGAAAGUGUAGCUUCCCAGUUAAGUACCUUGGCCAUGUAGAAGUUGAAGAAUCAAGAGGAAUGCACAUCUGUGAAGACGCCGUAAAAAGACUGAAAGCCGAAAGGAAGUUCUUCAAAGGCUUCUUUGGAAAAACGGGAAAGAAAGCAGUGAAGGCCGUUCUGUGGGUGUCUGCGGAUGGCCUCAGAGUUGUGGAUGAGAAAACUAAGGACCUCAUAGUUGACCAGACAAUAGAAAAAGUUUCUUUCUGUGCUCCAGAUAGGAACUUUGACAGAGCCUUUUCUUACAUAUGUCGAGAUGGCACCACUCGGCGAUGGAUCUGUCAUUGCUUCAUGGCUGUCAAAGACACGGGGGAAAGACUGAGCCAUGCCGUGGGCUGCGCUUUUGCAGCCUGUUUAGAGCGUAAACAGAAGCGGGAGAAGGAGUGUGGAGUCACUGCUACCUUUGAUGCCAGUAGAACCACUUUUACUAGAGAAGGAUCAUUCCGUGUCACAACUGCCACUGAACAAGCUGAAAGAGAGGAGAUCAUGAAACAGUUGCAAGAUGCCAAGAAAGCUGAGACAGACAAGACAGUUGUUGGUCCAUCAGUGGCUCCUGGCAACACUGCUCCAUCCCCAUCCUCUCCCACCUCUCCCACUCUGGAUGCCACUGCCUCUUUAGAGAUGAACAAUCCUCAUGCCAUCCCACGCCGGCAUGCACCAAUUGAACAGCUUGCUCGCCAAGGCUCUUUCCGGGGAUUUCCUGCUCUUAGCCAGAAGAUGUCACCCUUUAAACGCCAGCUGUCCCUACGCAUCAAUGAGUUGCCUUCCACUAUGCAGAGGAAGACUGAUUUCCCAAUAAAAAACACAGUGCCCGAGGUAGAAGGAGAGGCCGAGAGCAUCAGCUCCCUGUGCUCCCAAAUCACCAGUGCCUUCAGCACACCCUCGGAGGACCCCUUCUCCUCUGCCCCAAUGACCAAACCAGUGACAUUGGUGGCACCACAGUCUCCUGUGUUACAAGCUAAUGGCACUGACUCAACCUUCCAUGUGCUUACUGCUAAGCCAGCCAGUACUGCUCUAGCACCCGUAGCAAUGCCUGUUCGUGAAACCAACCCCUGGGCCCAUGCCCCUGAUGCUGCUAACAAGGAAAUUGCAGCCAUACAUCCGGGGACUGAGUGGGGUCAGUCUUCUGGUGCUGCCUCUCCAGGUCUCUUCCAGGCUGGUCACAGACGCACUCCCUCUGAGGCUGACCGUUGGUUAGAAGAAGUGUCAAAGAGUGUGCGGGCUCAGCAGCCGCAGGUCUCAGCCGCCCCUCUGCAACCGGUUCUCCAGCCUCCUCCGCCUGCUGCCAUUGCCCCCCCUGCACCUCCUUUCCAAGGACAUGCAUUCCUUACGUCUCAGCCUGUGCCAGUGGGUGUGGUCCCACCCCUACAACCAGCUUUUGUUCCUACCCAGUCCUACCCUGUGGCCAAUGGGAUGCCCUAUCCAGCCUCUAAUGUGCCUGUAGUGGGCAUCACCCCAUCCCAGAUGGUAGCCAAUGUGUUUGGCACUGCAGGCCAUCCUCAGGCCACUCAUGCACAUCAGUCACCAAGCCUGGCCAAGCAGCAGACAUUCCCUCAAUAUGAAACAAGUAGUGCUGCCACCAGUCCCUUCUUUAAGCCUCCUGCUCAGCACCUCAAUGGUUCUGCAGCUUUCAAUGGUGUAGACAACGGCGGGCUAGCCUCAGGAAACAGGCAUGCAGAAGUCCCUCCAGGCACCUGCCCAGUGGAUCCUUUCGAAGCUCAGUGGGCCGCACUAGAAAGCAAGUCCAAGCAGCGUACAAAUCCCUCUCCUACCAACCCCUUCUCCAGUGACUUACAGAAGACGUUUGAAAUAGAGCUUUAGGCAGUCUCUGUGACAGGUGUUUUCUGUACUUAGGCAAGGGCAGGGGUGGAGGGCAAAGGAGCAAAGGGGACUUUGCUUUCCAGAUCAGCACACUUUUCACUAAUCCCAGAGGUCCCAAGGAGCAAGUCCAAGCACAGGCCAGCAAGGGAUGACAUCCACAGAGGUGAGGCAAGCCUUGCUGGGGAGGACUGCCCUGCAGCUAGGCUAGAGAAGUCAAGGGAGUGCUCCCUUCUGGCCCCUCUCACCCUAACAAACCUCUGGCAACAGAGAGGCAGAAGAUCUGAAGAGGAAUCUGUAUUCAAAGCACAUUUACUGGAAUAUAAAACAUAACAGGAAGCAAAACAAUCUCCUUUUAUUUUUCAGGCCAGUCACCCGUUCCUCCCAGUACUGGGCUGUCUUAGAGCUCGAUGGGGAACAGGGUGGCUGGUUGGAGCCUGGCAGGCCGUGCUGCUGGGUUCACAGGAGGGCACAGCAGCAGCCGCCCAGUAGAGCUGUAGUCUGGGGAUAAAGCUGAGCUUCCGUUUUGAGUUACAGAAUAAAUAUUAUAAAUAUAUAUAUAUAUAUAUCAAAAAAGCCAAAAUCUUUAUUUUUAUGCACCUAGAAUAUUUUAAAUAGUUCUCAAUAUUAAAAAGUUCUAUGAGUUGUAAGUAAUCUUGCCAAAAGUGAGCGGGUAGAUGUAAGAAAUUGUACAUAAGAUUGAUUUCUCAUUGAUACCUAUUGAAGUAAAAAAGGGGGAGGAUUAGAAGUUGGAGGGAGGAGCCCUGGCUUGUUUGUCAUUCACAACUAGUUAACUAACUAGUUAACUAACUAGCACACUGCAAAGCAAUCAUACCGAUGCCCAGUACCGUCACUAGGUAGUAAUUUUAGUAAGAUGAGCGAGCAGUGUUGUCCUGGUUUUAAAUCUAUGGUGAAAUUCUAAUGUCACCAUUUUAAUGGAAUCAAUCUACGCUCUAGAGAAUGUAUGUUGAGUCUUUUAUGUAUCAUUGUGAUUUCCUUAUGUUAAUCCUUUAGCAUUACGGUGACAAUGACAUAAUCAUAUCCAGAAAAGGGAACGCAGGCUCUUGUGUUGGUUUGUAAUGUCUUAAUGGGUUCUGUCCUUGAAGUUUUGUUCCCAUAAGUUUUACAGGGAUGAAAUUCUGGCUUAUGUGCUGUGUGUCUGUGUCCCCUCUGCCCCACCAUGGACAGACCAUCCCAUGCCAGAUGCAGCUACUUGACCGUGGGUGACAACGUGAGAUCCCAUCUCAUUUUUACUUUUGAACGUUGGCCUUACAAUCAAAUGUAAGUUAUAUAUACAUAUAUAUAUAUAUAUAUAUUUGUACUGAUGAGAAUUUAUAAUCUGCUUUAACAAAAAUAAAUGUUCGUGGUAGAGCUUUUGCCCAUGAAGGGCUGUUCUUAUUUGCAAAUGA